UUGUUGAUUGACGCAAGACCGUGGCUCCUCCUUGAAAGUUUUUUUCUUCGUUUUUCAGUGUCGUGCGUUGAUUUCAUACCAAAGUCAUACUUUACAUUCCACCUUUACUCUCAAACCCGGAGAAAUAUUUAUUGAAAAUAAAAAAGGCGCAUGAAAAAUAAACAGUUUAAAUGAAUAAACUUUUACGUUGCGCUUGAAAAGGCUGAAGUGCGAACCAAGCAAAAGCUUCUUGAAACUCCGCUUCAAACUUCCCAAAACUUUUCUAGGGGAGAGGAGAUCUUUAUUUUUGCCCGGGGAUCAAUUGGAGGCGAAAACGAAAAUAAGAAAACGUGGAUUGCUGAAGUAAACGCGAUUUCAUUAACCACCAUCUCAGUAAUCUUAUAGCCGUCCUCAUUCUGGGGCUCGUUGCCGGGCCCAGGGGUAGCCGCCAUCAUUGCGUCCAACGAGUGGAGUGCGAACGGCAGCCCGGAGGAGGGGCGGGACGAUGGGCCCGAUGGGCUGGACAAGACGGGCAUGGACGGGGACGCUGAAGGGGUGUGGAGCCCCGAUAUCGAGCAGAGCUUCCAGGAGGCCCUGGCCAUCUACCCCCCCUGUGGACGCAGGAAGAUCAUCCUUUCCGACGAGGGGAAGAUGUAUGGGCGGAAUGAGCUCAUAGCGAGAUACAUCAAGCUACGCACCGGGAAGACCCGCACAAGAAAACAGGUGUCUAGUCACAUACAGGUGUUAGCGCGGAAGAAAGUUCGGGAGUACCAAGCGGGCAUCAAGGUUUCUAGCCAUUUGCAGGUUCUCGCCCGGAGAAAGUCUCGCGAGAUACAGUCAAAGCUGAAGGCCAUGAACCUGGAUCAAGCCUCUAAAGACAAGGCCCUUCAGAACAUGGCCGCCCUGUCGUCGGCUCAAAUCGUGUCUGCCAGCGUGAUGAAGAGCCAGCUGCCCCCCCUGCCCCAGCCCCCCUACCCUCCACCGGCCAGGUUUUGGCCAGGCCCUAUACCAGGACAGCCUGGCCCCUCUCAGGACAUUAAACCAUUUGCACAGACCCCGUACCCCAACCUAACAGGCCCCAUUCCCACUCCCAUAUCAACGUACGAGCCCCUGCCCACCCCGCUCCCCCCGGCCGCCACCGCGGUGCCCGUGUGGCAGGACCGCACCAUCGCCUCCUCCAAGCUGCGCAUGCUGGAGUACUCGGCCUUCAUGGAGGUGCAGAGGGACCAGGACACGUACAGCAAGCACCUGUUUGUUCACAUCGGGCAGACAAACCCCUCGUACAGUGACCCGCUCCUGGAGGCUGUGGACAUCCGACAGAUCUACGACAAGUUCCCAGAGAAGAAGGGAGGCCUCAAGGAGUUGUACGAGAAGGGCCCGCAGAACGCCUUCUUCCUGGUCAAAUUCUGGGCGGACCUGAACAGCAGCGGUAUGCAGGACGGGCCCGGCUCUUUCUACGGCGUGAGCAGCCAGUACAGCAGCACUGAGAACAUGACCAUCACCGUCUCCACCAAGGUCUGCUCCUUCGGCAAGCAGGUGGUCGAGAAGGUGGAGACGGAGUAUGCCCGUAUGGAGGGCGGCAGGUGCGUGUACCGAAUCCACCGCUCCCCCAUGUGCGAGUACAUGAUCAACUUCAUCCACAAGCUCAAGCACCUGCCGGAGAAGUACAUGAUGAACAGCGUUCUGGAGAACUUCACCAUCCUGCAGGUCGUGACAAACAGGGACACCCAGGAGACCUUGCUGUGCAUAGCGUUUGUUUUCGAGGUGUCGACGAGCGAGCACGGGGCGCAGUACCACGUCUACCGGCUCGUCAAGGACUGAGGGUCUCCUCGGGGCGGGGGCGGGGGGGUGGGGCGAGUGGGCCGGGCAGCCGAAAAUCGGACUGCCCAAUUUAAAAAUCUGUUAAACCAAAAAAAAAAAAAAAACAUGCAUACAAACACACACACACUCAUACACACACACAAACACACAGGCAACUGCUCAACAAGAACAGACAGAAAUAUGUAUAUUUUAUAGCACAGUGGGUAUUUUCUACUAUCAUUACUAAUUUUGUAAAAUAGGAAUUGUAUGAAGUUUAAACAAACAAAAAAAAUGAAACAAAAACUAAAAACUAUGCACUACUUUGUGUAAGGGCAAUUUUUUAUAUAUAUAUUUAAAUAUGUUUAAAAAACAAAGCAGGUUACAUCAGUCAUGUUCCUUAAAAAUAUAUGUUUUCAGGGAUGAUGUUAAUCUUUUUUUUUUUUCUGUAUUGUGGGAAUGAGGAAGUUUCAUAUAGUGUGUUGGCAUUUCCGGGGAUUUCCGGUGAGAAGUCCCUCUUUGGGCCUCCUGGCGUGGGAAGGUUUCAGGAAGAGAAGGUACCCCCGGCAGUGGCCGCGAGCGAAGACAGACAGCGGAGCAGGAUACAUUGGAUACAUUGUUAGUAUUCAGCACGGAAGUGCAGAAGGACAGAAAACCUAAACAAGCUACCAAGUGGCAUGGAUACGUCAAACACGCCGUGCCAAGUGCCCUUUUCCAAAGACAAGCGACAGAGCAGAUCGACGUGGAGUGCCUUUUGUGAAGCUGAUCACUACCUCUUGUCUUGGAUAAGGAGAACCCGAGAGAAGAGCAACCAUGGCUUGAAACCAGAGGACUUAUUUUGGCGUUUUGGAGUUUCGGAAGCACACUUCUUUUUUGGCACAUGUUGAAAUUGGGGACGAAAUUAUAAAAGACUAAAGACCUUGUGAAUUCAUUGCUUUUCUGUACAGAGGUUUCCUUUGGCGAUCGGCCUUUCUCUUCACCGAUGUAGUCGGCUAUUUAACUACCAAAAUUUUGUUUGAUUUUAGGUUUUCUUUUUUUUUUUUUCCUUUUUUUUUUUUUUAAAUCUUUGCUUGGUUUUCUUAACUAACUCAAAGCAAAUGCGAGUCGGGGCUGAGAAUUUCUACCUCCUGGUGCUUCGUGAUUAUCGCAGGUUUUUUUUUAUUAUUAUUACACAAGCCUUAAAAGAAGAGGUGAUUGGAAUGGCAGGACACGGUACCAGGCCCAGCCUAGUCGUCAGCAGGAGUACUCCCAGCACUUAUCAGAUCCUGUCUGCCCCUGACGCGGGCGUGAUUGCUUUGUGUAGACACCGUUGCUUUGCUGAUCUCUGUGAGGGAAGCUCCAGGCUUCAGGAGAAAGUACUGUGAAGUUGAAUCCAGGGUAAAGUAAAAAAAAAAAAAAAAAAAAUGUGGUUUUUUUUUGUUAUUUUGUAAACGACCUUUAUACAAAAUCAGUCACCUUCACCCUUCCCCCUCACGGUUUCCAGGCAAAAACAAUAAACUAAAACAAAAAUCUAAAACAAUAAAGACAACAGAAAGCAAAGCGCCGCGACCACUUUCCCGUGCGCCGCCCGUGGCUGACCCGCCAUCCCGGGCAGGUCCGGCUCCUCCAGCAUCCCAGCUGAGAUUGACUUUCUUUGUCUUUUGUGCUUGAACAGAUCUUCAGAAAUAAAACGAAACUAAAGUCAUAACAGCUCUCUCUCUGUGAGCUCCCGGUCUCGGCCCCAAACUGUGGAGAGCAGCGCACCUUUAAGCACCUGGGCUGAUUAGCUAACGCAACCCAGGUGCGUGUGCUCUCUCCACCAGCCAGCGCAGCCGAGACCAAUUCGCCUCUCCAGCAGACCGACUGCCACAGGAUGGUUGCUAUGGGAGUAUCUGUUACAUUAAAAUAGUCUGGGGACAUUUUUUUUUUGCCAUCAUUUCUGUCAGUCUCAAACAGUACAAUGACUACAGCUUUUUUGUUGUUAAAUUGUAUAGAUUUAAAGCAAAAGGAAGUUGUUUUUUUUAUGAAUUUGUGAGUCAUUUCGAAUGGCCAGGGUGCAAAAUAUUCUGUCGCUGUGUUGUCAAGAUAUGUUGAUUAAUUUGGGAAAAGGGGGAGUGUCAAUUACUUUUCCCAAAUUACUUUUGCAAGUUCUGUCUGAAGACUGCCACAGAGAACACUGCCUUGCGAGAAACUGGGUUGUCGUGUUCCAUCGGUGAGCCGGAUGCGUGAGAACUCGUUUUGCUUUGAAGGUGCAUCGUUUUCCCCCCUCCUGCCAUUGGGGGGAAACUAUCGACACUAAAAAGCGCUGCUGGUUCCAGUAUUGGGCUCUGUACCCAACACCCUUUCUCCUAACCUUGACAAGAUUACUUUGCAAAAAAAAAAAAAAAAAUGAUUUUGGCUAGCGAUUGGCAAGCAUAUCGAAACAGGAGGCUUUUGUGAGAAGCCUGUGGUUCGUUGGAUGGUCUGUGGCAGGCAGUUGAGUGACAGAUUUGGUGGCCGGCUCUUCCUGCCUUCCUGUUUUCUUUUGUUGUUGUUUUGUUGCGGCCUGUCGCAUUGCCACGUUAGUGGCAGGAAACGGUGACCCGGCAGCGGCGCGUGGGCAGACAGGCCGAGGCUCUGUGCCGUGCCGUGCCGAGCCGUGCCAUGCCGUGCCGUACCGUACUGCGGGAAGCGGGCAGUUUUCUCAGGUGGUGUCUCAACAUUUGGAGGACGCGACAGUUACACAUUUACCCUUCACACCAGCCUUUUCACAUGGGAAGCAACCUACAGUACACUUCCCUGAACACUUGCCUGAACGUUUUGAACUUAAUAGCGACCUGAGAAUUUGAUUCUGAUAAGACUGCGUCACUCAGGGUCACAGGGGCCUUGGAAAUACACUGAAUCGUGUCUGUGAAAAGUGCUUUAUCUGACCUUGAAUGACCUUGUGGCUCACUGAAGCAGUGCCUUUCUCCUGUUUCUUUUUAUUUGACCUUUUGAAAAAACACUCAUCUUUUUUUGACUUUCAAUAGGAGCAAGUGCAUCUAUUGAGUAUCGUGUGUGUGUUGAUAUUGAUUAAGUAGGUAUGUGUAAUGUAUUUUAAGCUGAGAGGCAGGGGGGUGAGUUGGUUUGUUGCCCCCCCCACCCCCAUUUUUUUAUUUUUUAUUAUUAUUUUAUUUUUGGUGGUACAUUCUGGCCUUGGUUCCAAAUUGUGCAUUGCAUUAUUGUAUAUUCUGUUGUCUACAAUGUGAGGGGUUGUGUCAUAUAAUCAGUGUAUCAUGUAUAAUCUACCAAUAAAAACGCAUGGUGCCUCAGGAGCAGCUUUUCUUCUGAAAACUCA